CCCCGCCGGGAGGAGGCUCCGCCGCCCCAUGCCGGGAGGAUGCUGGAGAGCGGCUGCAAGGCGCUGAAGGAGGGCGUGCUGGAGAAGCGGAGCGACGGGCUGCUGCAGCUGUGGAAGAAGAAGCGCUGCAUCCUGACCGAGGAAGGGCUGCUCCUCGUGCCCCCCAAGCAGCCGCAGCCGGGGCCCCCGGCCGCCGAGCCGCCGGCCGCCAAGAUCAAGGAGCUGCACUUCUCCCACAUGAAGACGGUGGACUGCGUGGAGCGGAAGGGCAAGUACGUGUAUUUCACCGUGGUCAUGGCCGAGGGGAAGGAGAUCGACUUUCGGGGCCCGCAGGAGCAGGGCUGGAACGCCGAGAUCACGCUGCAGCUGGUGCAGUACAAGAACCGCCAGGCCAUCCUGGCCGUCAAGUCCACCCGCCAGAAGCAGCAGCACCUGGUCCAGCAGCACCCGGGCCACCGCCUCCGCAGCGCCUCCAACUCCGCGUAGGGCGCCCGGGGGACCGGCCGCGGCCCAGCCCAGGUUGAAUCCAAGCAGCCCUUCAGGAAGUGAGACUGAUGAGCAGCACAUUUCUGUUGUGAACAUAUUUCAGUGGAUCCACAAACUUGGCAAACCGAGGAGAGCCGGGGUGGGGAGCAGGCAGACUGGAGAGCAUCAGUUCAACAACCUGAAAACCUAGCGAGUUUUCUGCACAAUACCUUCCUUGGUGCCGGGAAAACAUUUCAAGUCAUAUGGACUCUGAGUACUAUUCAUGAACCUUGGAAAGGAUCAUCUGGCAUGAUGGGGCUUCUAGGACACAUGAUGUACUGUAAAUUUAUUUUAAAGUGUUUUAUUUUAUGGUUAUUUAUUAUGGAUUUUGUAAAAGGCUUAUUUGCAAGACCUUUCUGAAUGUAGGCCAUUAUCCAGAAAUCAAAUUCCAAAUAGAAAUUCAAAGCACACCUGAGCUCCCAGAUAUAUUGCAACCUUUGGAGAGAGAGAGGGAGGUUGUGGGAGAAGUGAAUGAUUUAUAUGACCAUGAAUGUUGGGUGGUUUCCCAAUAGUUUUCAUUUCUACCCAAAAUAUUAUUUUAGAAACCGUUGUUCUAUUAAUGUGGAAAGUAUAAUGCGUGGUUUAGAAUUAGGAUAAAGAUCUUAAUGCACAAGAAAUUGCUUCUCUCCAAGGGUUGGAACCUGAUGCCAAGGUUAUUAUUCUUUUUUAAACAUAAAUAUGGGGGAAGAGUAUUACAUUUUAUACACAAUUCAGUUACACAGAAAAAAUAAUCUGAUUCAUUAUUAUUAGAUAAAAUACCUUUGUUUCAUUUAUCAUAUACAGCAGUUGAAGAGAGAACUUUGACCAAUAUGAUUUGUGAUAUGAGAAUGUCAUGUUAAAAUUAUAUAAAUUUUAUGUGCUCGCUUAUUUUGUGUUAUGAAAACGGUUGUAAGUGCUGAGAACUAUUUAUUAAAACUUCUGUACAUUUGAGUUCAGGGCUCUCUUGGUACAGAAGGUUUAUGAAAGGGCCAUGUUCCUGACCUUUUUCUGACAGAUUUUAAAGCCCAUCUUGUAAAUGUCUUAAAGUGUUUAAAUGAGUCAUUUCAGUCAUAAUUUUCCUAAACUGAAAAAUGCUAUAUUGCUGAGAUAAACAAGUUUAUUUUGGUGUGUAAUAUUACCAGAUGUUGAGAGAUGUGUUGGGAUCUUGUCUGCAUUAUGUCAAGUAUCAGAGGGGUAGCUGUGUUAGUCUGGAUCUGUAAAAGCAGCAAAGAGUCUUGUGGCACCUUCUAGACUAACAGACGUUUUGGAGC